AUGGCGGCAAAGUGCCCAAACGCUUUUGUACCGUCGACGGAUGCGACAAGCAAGCCCAUUCCCAUUCGUAUCAAAAGCGCGUGUGCCACGGCGUCGGUCGCUACUGUCAGUGGCCAGGGUGCUCGUUUCAUACACGGACGGGCGGGUUCUGCCGACGAUGAUGAUGACCUGAUCACGACGGGCGACUGUGUCCAGAACGACCUCACGAACGACAGACAUCACCGAUAUUCGUCACUUAUGUUUGCAGCCGCGGAAAAACCAAGCUUUAUGCGGUACGCCAUUGGAAAUGGUGUCCAAGUCGAGCUGCAGUACUUCAACUUGGCCGCCCCCGACAAUGGCACGCUGAUCAUCCUUCUGUCCAUAUUUAUCGCGUUUGGAUACGUCUUGGCUGCGUCUGCGUCGGACGCGAUGGUGGUCAAGUACACCCAACGAGAACCAUGGCCUUCGGGGUUCGAAUUCAGCUCCUAUUCCCCAUAA